AUGGGUUUGGACAAUCAAGUUGUUGCGAAAGGCUCCAGCAAAAAAACCAGAAGAAGUAAGAAAAGAAGAACUGCUGAGGUCUCUGAUUCCGACUCUUCUUCAUCUUCCUUUUCCGCAUCAGAAAGCGAAUCGGAGCAGAGGGAAAAUGCAAGUGGUGCAGCUGCUGAUGGAGAUGCAGACGAUGCAGUGGACCUUGAAGAAUUGGAUAUUGAGCUCUCCGAUGUGGAAACUUCACAACAUGACGGCUUGCGCCAGAAUCAGGACGAAAGCAUGGAUACAGCAACCCGCGAGGCCUUGAAUGGCAUCUCAUUGACGACAACAGAGCUUUCAAGGAGCUCUCGUAAAAAUGUGAACAAUAUAGAUUUGGCUAAAAUUCAGCUAACCCUCCAGGAAGCCCAAAAGAAGGUCUCGAAUGCUAAAGACCAGGGACAAUUGAAAAAUGCCUACUUGGGUGUCUUAUUCAAUCAUUAUGGUGAAGACGUCAACUCACUCCGGGAAGCGUCGGAUUUCACUCCCAAAUCACUGGUGCUUUUGGCAAAUGUAUUGAAGGAUGGCGGCCAGAUUUUCGACAUAGACACGCUGAGAGCAGUAGUAGAGUCUGAGCAGUAA